AUGCUUAAUCACACACGCACCAUCCACUGGCAUCUCCGCCCUAUCAUUAGGGAAUAUACAGGGAACAGUCUACCAAGCCAACCACGACGGAUAAACCUCUAUCAAACCCUCGUGAAGCCUGUUUUCCUACGUCGAGAAUUCUCCAAUGCCUCCGCAAAUGCCUCACAGCGCAUCCUUCCCGCCAUAAAAAACGAACACGCGGACCUCCACUCCCACAGCAACAAAAUCCUCAUCUCAUUGAACCCGGACGAACAAACCCGUUAUCAAAACCUAUUCACAUGGGAACUAGCCCGCCACAUCAUAGGCGAAGAAUUGAUUAUCUAUCCAGCCAUCGCAAGACAUGUCCACGGUGGAAACGCCAUCUCGAAUAGAAAUCGUACCGAGCACCAAGAAAUCAAGGAACAGUUGAAAAUGUUCCAGGGUCUUCGAUCAACAGAUCCGCGAUUUGCACCGACGCUGGAAGCUCUGAUUGCCGAUCUACAAACACAUACCCAUAGGGAAGAGACAGAGGAUUUGGUUUCAUUGGAAGAAGUGUUAUCUUCUGAACAGAGUGAAGCAUUGACGGGCUUAUUGAAGAGGACGAGGAUGUUUAUACCGUCCAGAUCGCAUCCGCUUUCUCCGAGUAAACCGCCGUUUGAAACAGUUGUGGGAUUGUUGACAGCGCCGGUUGAUAUGGUUGCGGAUUUGUUCCGGAAGUGGCCUCAUCAUGGUGAGAGUGAAAAGAGUAUUUAG